UCUAGUGGUGACAGUUUUGAAUGUUGGUGCUGGGAGAGAGGAAAUACAGUCUGCAAAAUCUCCCUAGGUUAUUUUGAUAGGUCUCCUCCCUACCCCUCCUCUCCUACUUUCCAGAACCUGGUCUAGCAGCAGGGGAUCUGGAUGAAGAUUCUUGAGGGAGGAGGUCCAGAACUUGGCUUUCCAGUUAAUGGCUGAUGGAAUUUGCACAAGAGCUGGGCAAAGGGCUGCCCAGACAAGACAAAAGGCAGGGCAGCAUGAGCGGAUCACACCCCCAUCCCAUCCAACUCCGAUCGGUGGGCUCCCAGGAUGUCCUAGCUCCCCUGCCACCACCUGCUCCCCAGAAUCACUCUUCCCACUCCUGGCCCUCUCUGUGUGGGCCUCCACCCUGGGGCCUCAGCUGUCUUCUGGCUCUGCAGCAUAUCUUGGUCUUGGCAUCUCUGCUUUGUGCCUCCCACCUGCUCCUGCUUCACAGUCUUGCCCCAGAAGGACUCUCUUUCUCCCCUUCUCAGCUUCUGGCCUCCAGCUUCUUUUCAUGUGGUGUGUCUACUGUCCUGCAAACUUGGAUGGGCAGCAGGCUGCCUCUUAUCCAGGCUCCAUCCUUAGAGUUCCUUAUCCCUGCUCUGGUGCUGACCAACCAAAAGCUACCUCUGGCCAUAGAGACACCUGGAAACUCCUCCCUCUUGCUGCGCCUGUGUAAGGGGCCUGGCUGCCAUGGCCUGAAGCUCUGGAACACUUCUCUCCAAGAGGUGUCCGGGGCAGUGGUGGUGUCUGGGCUGCUGCAGGGUGCACUGGGGCUGCUGGGGAGUCCUGGCCGCUUGUUCUCCCACUGUGGGCCCCUGGUGCUGGCCCCCAGCCUGGUUGUGGCAGGGUUCUCUGCCCACAGGGAGGUGGCCCAGUUUUGUUCCACUCACUGGGGCCUGGCCCUGCUGGUUAUCCUGCUCAUGGUGGUCUGUUCUCAGCACCUGGGCUCCUGUCAUGUACCCGCAUUCCCCUGGAGGCCAGCAUCGACCUCUUCAACUCACACUCACCUCCCUGCCUUCCGGCUGCUCUCGGUGCUGAUCCCUGUAGCCUGUGUGUGGAUCACCUCUGCCCUUCUGGGUGUCGGUGUUGUCCCCCUAGAGCUGUCUGCCCCCACCAAGGCACCGUGGUUUUGGCUGCCUCACCCAGGUGAGUGGGACUGGCCUUUGCUGACGCCCAGGGCUCUGGCUGCAGGCAUCUCCAUGGCCUUGGCAGCCUCCACCAGCUCCCUGGGCUGCUACGCCCUGUGUGGCCGGCUGCUGCACUUGCCUCCUCCUCCUCCACAUGCCUGCAGUCGAGGGCUGAGCCUGGAGGGGCUGGGCAGUGUGCUGGCUGGGCUGCUGGGCAGCCCCAUGGGCACUUCAUCCAGCUUUCCCAAUGUGGGCACAGUCAGUCUUAUCCAGGCUGGAUCUCGGCGAGUGGCCCACUUAGUGGGGCUGCUCUGUGUGGGGCUUGGGCUCUCCCCGAGGCUGGCUCAGCUCCUCACCAGCAUCCCGCUGCCUGUGCUCGGUGGGGUGCUGGGGGUGACGCAGGCAGUCGUUCUGUCCACUGGAUUCUCCAGCUUCCACUUGGCUGACAUUGACUCUGGGCGGAAUGUCUUCAUUGUGGGCUUCUCCAUCUUCAUGGCCCUGCUUCUGCCAAGAUGGUUUCGGGAAGCCCCGGUCCUGCUCAGCACAGGCUGGAGCCCCUUGGAUGUGUUACUGCACUCACUGCUGACAGAGCCCAUCUUCCUGGCUGGACUCUUGGGCUUCCUCCUAGAGAACACCAUUCCUGGCACACGGCUUGAGCGAGGCCUAGGUCAAGGGCUGCCAUCUCCUUUUGCUGGCCAAGAGGCUCAGAUACUGCAGAAGUCCAGGGAGAAGGCUGCUCAAGAGUAUGGGCUUCCUUUCCCUACCCAAAACCUGUGUCCCUGCAUCCCCCAGCGUCUCUGUUGCCUCUGCCCACUGCCUGAAGACCCUGGGGAUGAGGAAGGGGGGUCCUCUGAGCCAGGAGAGAUGUCAGACUUGCUGCCUGGCUCCGGGGAACCAUGCCCUGCAUCUAGCAGAGAAGGGCUUGGGUCCCAGUAAUUACCAAGACUCCUCCUUCUACCCUGGUUAGUUUAGUCCUAACUCCCAGCUUACUGGAGAGUCAUCUCCCAGGCUCUGUUUUCUCACAGGGAGAGGAUGUGUGUGUGUGUGUGUGUGUGUGUGUGUGUGUAUAUGUCUAACAUGGGCCCAUCUAGAAUGCCCAUUUCCCAAUAGGGUGGGUUGCCUUUCCUUCUCUGAAUUAGGUCUAACUGUUCCAGAGAGAGGCCAUGGUUUAGUGGGCCAUGAAUGAAUGAAUGAAAGAUUUUGCCUGUGAACUACUCAAUGCCACUUCAACUCCAGCAUUCACUUAAUAAAUACUUACUGAGCCCCUCCCAUGUGCAAGGUCCUGGAACUACAGAUAUGGAUAAGACAGGUCCCUGCCCUCCCAGGCAUUUACAG